AUCACGUUGUGAUUCACUAUAGCGUGGUUUGUAAAAUCUGUUUCAUUGCAUUUAUUUGGAAAAUCGUUUACAAACUACAAUGUUAAAUAUUGAUAUGUAUGCUGCUGUUCAGACUGCAAUUUCGCAAGAGAAUGAAUGAAUUGAAUGAAUUGAAAUCUCUGAAUGAAUUGAAAUUGCGUUUGAAUGAGGAAUAUUGUGGGGCGACUAAAAUGUCGAGAGAGGAAUUCUUAUCAUUGCUUUUGAAAGACGAAACAUCAUUGCGCAGAGAGUUCUCAGCAGAAAUUUACAUCCCCAAAAUCGUGCGUAAGCAACACGAGGACAAAGGAAAUGUAUGCAUGGCUUUAAGAUCAGAAGUAUCUGGCAACUGUCUCUACAGUUCAGUGUCAUUGCUUUUGGCAGUUUUUUUUCCUAGCAAAACUAAAAGGACAAUUUCUGGUCCAACAUGCCCAGUGCCUUCAAAAAAAGCAAAAGCUGAAAAAACCUACAAAGUUAGAGCUGGUGAUCAAACUUUGGAAAAUCAUUUGCUCAAAUGUGGCAAGAAUAAAAGUUAUAUUUCCAAGACCAGCCAAAACAAAAUCAUCAACUGUAUUGAUGAAGCUGCUGAUUCUUCUCACAAAGAGCAAUUGUCCCUUGUUCUACGGUUUGUUGACUCUUCAAUGAAUGUUAAAGAAGAGUUCAUGUGUUUCCUGCAUUGCAAAUGGGGGUUGAGUGGUCAACAUUUUUCAAAGCUUAUUUUAGAAACUCUAGAGAAAUUUGCCUUACCCAUUAUGGAUUGCAGGGGACAAGGUUAUGAUGGUGCAGGGGCUGUUUCUGGGCAUAUAAAUGGUUUAGCAGCCCACAUUUUAAGAACUAAUCCUAAAGCUCUUUACACUCACUGUUACAGUCAUCGACUAAAUUUGUCUGUCUGUGACACUCUUUCUAACGUUGAAAUUAAUAACAUGUUAUCUGUUGUUUCUCAAGCUGCCAAUUUUAUCAUCAUAUCACAGACACGCAACAUACCCUUUGCUGAGCACGUUAAAAAGUCAGAUGUUCAGACCAAGAAGGCAAAACUGGGAAAAACUAUUGAUGUUAUGGAUGGUUUUCAUUUGAUAACCACUUUGAAGAAUGAUGUAGCCAACAUGAGGAAAAGCAUUAAUUUUUAUCAUAACACUUGGUAUGAAGAGGCUUUAAAACUUGCUGAAGAGGUCAACGUUCAAGAAACAAAAGAGCGAAUUGCUGAAAGACAAACUAUGCGAUCUAAUCCCCCCAGUCAUUCAUUCAAAGAACAUUAUAUACUAACCAUCACUAUUCCUUUAUUAGACCAUCUGAAGCAUGUAACAUUUCCAGGAUUUGAAAAUAUUAAAGUUAUUCUUCGCAUUUUAGGUACACUACCAAUCACCUCAUGUGAAUGUGAGAGAUCAAUUUCAGCACUGAGGAAUCUAAAAACCUACCAAAGGAGCACUAUGGUAGAGGAACGUUUAAAUGGCCUGGCUUUAAUGCGAAUUCACCCAGAAAUUAUUCCUGACAUAGAAAGAGUGAUCAAUAAGUUUGCUGAAGGUAAUACACGUUUGAAAUUUGCUUAA